AAUAUGUCAUAGUGACUUUGUUACACAACAUUGGAUCGAUUAUCUUACUAGCUCGCAUGGAAACGAUGGAACAUUUUAUGAUACCUUUCGAACGACGGGCACAUUUGUAUUUCAAGCCUUGUCUACAUUUUGUGACCUGGUUGAUGAAACAAUAUCGAAUAGUUUAAUCCAAUUCAAUUCUAAUCAAUAUGUAAGUGCAUAUGUGACACCUGAAAAUGUAUUUCACCUACAAACUGAUGCAUUUAUAUCUCAAUUCAUAUCAUCAACAACAAAUCAAUUUUUGUUAUCACUCUCCAUGAUACGAAAAACGACUCAAAGCAACGCUUUGCUUACUGGACAACUUACUAAUUACAGAGUUCGUCUUGCAGCCGAUCUAAGUUUAAGUACAAAAUAUGUCCAGUAUGAUGAUUGUACGUGCACUUCUUCUGCUACAUGCAUUGAACAAUACGUAGUUAUGGAUUAUCCUAACUGCACGCAAGUAUUUCCUUUACCAGGUCUUUAUAUAGGAUGUUAUAUAAUUGAAUCAUUACUUCAAUCUAAUCUUCAAUGUUUUUACGAUCAAGUCUGCAUAGAUACCGUACAGUUAUACUUAGGAUCGUCUAAAUUUAUAAAUGUGACAGCUCUUGAUAUAUCAUUGUCCGUCCAGUAUUUGGAAAACUCAACAAUUGCAGAUAUUCUUGAUGAAUUGAUGGUUGAAGAAUGGAAUUCAUCAAGUAUUUAUGAGAAUUAUUACAGUGAAUGUCAACCAUCAGGCUGUAGUUAUACUGUUACGACGAAGAAUAGUGCAAUAUAUAUUAUUACAACUCUGACUGGAUUAGUUGGUGGUUUGCUUACAGUAUUGAAAUUGAUGGUGCCUAUAUUAGUUAAGUUCGCAAGGAAACGCAUACACAAAGAAGUAAAAGUUGAAACCGGUAAGAGAUGA